UAUCCAACAGAAUUUGUGAAGACACAAUUACAAUUACAAGAUGGGUCGAACGCCAAAACAAAAUACAAAGGUCCCCUCGACUGUGCGAUUACCACCGUUCGAACCAAAGGAGUAUUCGGACUCUACAAAGGUCUUUCCGCCUUGGUGAUCGGAACAGCCGCAAAGGCAGGUAUUCGAUUCUUUACUUAUGAUCAGAUCAAAGUUUUAUUACAAGAUGAAAAUGGAAAACUUUCCGGGCCCAGAUCUAUGAUUGCCGGCUUGGGUGCAGGAAUGGUUGAGGCCACCCUUGUGAUAAAAUUGAUUGAUUUUCAUAAUCCUUACAGAACGAAAUUAAUUCACGAUACCACUCGGCCAGAACCACGUUAUAAAGGACUAAUGCACGGCAUUCGCACAAUAGUAGCAGAUGAAGGCGUGGGUGGAAUAUACAGAGGGUUAUUUCCGGUGAUGAUGAGGCAGGGAGCAAAUCAAGCGGUCCGAUUUUCGACGUAUUCCACCCUGAAACAAAGAUUCCAAAAAUACUCAUCAGGUCAAUCAUUACCGUGGACUGUGACAUUUGGCAUAGGUUCAGUCGCUGGUACAGUGACAGUUUAUAGUACCAUGCCGUUGGACGUUGUAAAAACCAAGAUGCAGGGGCUAGGUGCCAAAGAAUUGUAUAGAAAUUCUUUUCAUUGUGCCUGGAAAGUUUUGACCGAAGAAGGGGUCUUUGCGUUCUGGAAAGGUGCAACUCCUAGAUUAGGGAGACUAUUGUUGAUCAAGCUUACUCUGGAAACAAUGGAAGGCGUAAAUUUUGAGCCAUGCCAGGAGCUGAAAGUACUAGUUCUCGACCCUCGCUUCCUUUCUCCGGAUUGGAUUCUUCAAAUUUUGGUGUAA